CUACCUAGGUCAUAUAGGCUACAAGAAUUGAUUUGUCACAUAUUCAUUUUUUAAUCAUACUGUUCUUAUUUACAAAUUUCCACUCGUAUCCUCACCUGCUCCCAGACAUUUUAACAAUUAGGUAUCCUGUUUCUGGGGGUGGUAAAGAGGGUUUCUUUAAAAUUGAUGCUUCAGAGUGGUAUAAAAAUAGUAUAACAAAUGUUCAAUCAUGUUGGAAUUCGUGAAAAAUCCAAGUAGGCCAUAUUUCAAAUGUACACCACCUAUAGUGUAUCCAGUGUCUACCUGUUCCAAGCACCUUUUUACAUUUAUCUCAGUUCUCAUCAUUUUCCUUGAUGGGACAGAGAGCUUCAAUUACAAAAAUAAUUCAAUGAAAUAGCAUUGUCAGAUUUUCAGAGACGGAUAAAGUUAAUUUUAUACAGAAUCGAUUUCAAAAAAUCUCAUUUAAAAAAAUUAUAAUUUGGAUAAAUUUACAACAUAAUUUUUUGGCUUUAGAGAACUUAAUCUCUUGAUACAACCCAGCUGGAUGAUCAAAUAAUGUUAUUGCUAUGGUACGCAUUGUAGUUGUGGAAGGGGUAAAUCGAUCCAGGGAUCAAGUUAAUCAAGUUGAUCAGGGAUCAGUAGUGUCCCACUACUGAGACACUGUAGCCUACUUGAAUAAGCUCGUUUUUAAAAACUUGAACACACCAACAAGGGAUGAGUGCGGGAGGAUGACGGGAUAGGGGCAAUUCUGAAGAUGUGUUGUUUGAGUGGUUGAAAUUGUCCUGUUCCCGUUCCCUUCGUCCCGCGACCCAAAUCGCGUACAAAUCCCUCAUCGAUGAGUUAAUGUUUAAAAACCCAUUCUCAAUAUAUGGCCCUAAAAAAUCUCUUUUAGCGAGAAAUAAGUGGGCAGAGCUUUGAAAAUGCUGCUACUGGUGAUCACAUGGCGCUAAACUUCUAGCAGCUGAUCAACAUCUGGAUUAGUUUGUGUUGGUUUCGUUUCCAUGGCAACGGUCACUGAUGUCACUUGGACGCCGCUUGCAUGGAGAAUGGAUAGUACUCUGGCAAGUAGUCUUUGUUGGCCGAUCGUUCAUUGUUGUUGAUUUAUUGUUUAGUUUUUCAAAAGUUGUCCACUUACCAUGGAUCAGUUUAAAUUGAAUUUUCUCUGUUAUUCUAAAUAUUAGACACUCUAUUUUCUUUUACAAAAAUCACAGAUUGGUAUUCUCUAUACAUCUAUAAUAGUGUACCGUAAGCUAAUGACAUUUUAACAUGUUUUUUUCUAUUCAGGACUUAUUUCUAUAUAGGUAGUUUUACUGUGCCGAUUUUCAUAUAAAUACAACGACUUGCAAAACCGCUUUGCAAAUCACAGAUUAGAUAUAAUUAGGCCUACUGUUUUGUAUUAUUUCAUUUAAUGUGUUCUUUGAAGUGGUAUCAAUAUUUGUACCCCUUUAUGACUCUUGAUGGUUUUAGGGAAUGACUUCAUUGAGAAAUAGCCUGAAUAUGCAGCAACCGUGGAUAGAUGCUUACUCUGACCCAAAGGCGGAAAUUCGGACUUUCAGCUCAUGCCUCACACUGGGUGAUCUAAACGGCGACAAUGAAUACAAGUUGAUACUAGCUGAUCAUGGAACGGGAUCUGGCCAUGUCAAACUUAAAGUAUACCGAGGAACUUCAAUGGCAUCAGAAAUCGUUCUCUUGGAUUUCCCCUCAGCCGUUGUUUCAAUUUAUACAGACACUAAUGAGCCAAGAAUUCCAGGUUUGGCAGUUUCAUGUGGCUGCCACGUUCUGGUGUACAGGAACUGCCGGCCUUACUUCAAGUUCUGCAUGCCGUCAAUGGAGGCCUCGAGCCUGGAGGCGGACCUGUGGCGGCAGAAGAGUCAGACCAGCCAGAUGGUGCGUCUGCUGCAGGAGCUGUCUGACGAGAUCGGCUACUCCAAUCUCAGCGCUCCGUCACAAGCGUUGCUGGCUCUCGAGCCGAACCUGCGCGAUGAGUUCCUGCACAAGAACCGACAUCACUCCAUUAAGAAACAAACUGUGAUAACAUGUAUGACUGCCAUAAAGAAGUCCUUAUCAGAUGAAAAGUCAGUCUCCUGCAUAAUUUUGGCGACAGAAAAUUAUCAAGUAUUCAUCUUGGAUCCGGAAGCCUUUGUGAUAAUGGACAAAUUUCCGGUGCCGUGCGUGGCGUCAAUGAUCAGUGCAUUGGGCCUGUACGCAGUGGACUACCGUGUGCUGCUCGCGUCGAGAGCCGGCAAAAUAUUUGUGCUGAAAGCAGGCGUGACCGUGCCUGUGGCUCACCUGGCGUCGCAGCCGGUUGGCCUCAUUCUCCACUCACAGUCAUUCACCAUUGCCACCAUGGACGGCAAUCUACAGUGCUACUCCAUCAAGGGAAUCAAGCAGUGGUCUACUGCGCUGCCAGGCUCCCCGGUUGAUGUGUGUUCUGUGCCUCUGCAAGGACUGGCCUUGAAUUUGGUGGCUGUCUCGAUAUCGACUGAUUCUGGCGGAUCCAUCCUCCUCUACUCCGGACCUCAGCUGAUGCACUCUUUCAACACGCCCACUCCGGUCUCUGCACUCGUAUUCGGCAGAUAUGGCCAAGAAGAACACGCACUAUGCUCGGUCACUACAGGUGGAGCGUUGUCAGUGAAGCUUUUGAAAAGAACAGCAAACUUUGGUAACGGUGAGAAAGCACCAAUGAUCUCCGGAGGUCAGCCCCAUAAUAUUAAACUUCUUGUCCCAAAGAAGACCAGGCUGUUCGUUGAACAAACUCUGAGGGAACGGGAUCAAUGUCGUGAAAUGCACAACUGGUUUCAAAAAGCGUGGCUUGAUCUUGGUGUGAGUGUGAGUGAGGCUUACUUGAACGGUCUACGGAGCACGUCGGUUUGUGAGAGAGAAUCAUUAAAGCUUACUGCUCAGGUUCUUGGAUUGGGGCCACGACUUAAAAUCCAGUUAUUCCUUGAAAACCUGGCUUCAGACUAUGUUCCUGCUGGUUUAGCGGUCACAUUCUUGUACGACCCCAAGUUAUAUACCAUCCAUAAAACCUAUAUUCCAGUGCCAAUGCUGGUUCCUGGAUUGACUGUAAGCCUGGAAACACUAGUGACGUGUGAGCUGGGAGUUGCCAGCCCUCUUCAAGUGCUGGUGUUUGCAUCUCGAUUACUUCUCACUGCAGUCAUCAACAUGCCACCAGCUACUGCCACAUUGGUGUAGAGACAGAUGAAUCUUAAAAAUAGUUCUACUGUUAAUUUUAUCUUCAUGCGAUGAUGCAUCUUUCUGGACAGCAAACUACA